AUGGUUUCACCCAGAGUUCGUUUAUUUCAACUCCUAAGUUUUCUGUAUUUACUCAACGUGAGUGUAUCCAAGGUGGAGUUAACCAACAUCAAAUGCACUUCGCUGGACAAGGACUUCGCCGACUUUGAGUAUUGUUUCUUGAAAUCCGUGAAUCGAAGCUACAAAUACUUUUCUUUAAAGACGAAUCUUUUCAAGAUACCCAUCACAAAAGUUACAGUUAAUUUCGAAAUGUUACAGCGAUUUAAUGGCUAUAAACCCUGGCUGUACAACGUUACUGUAGACGCCUGCCGAUUUUUGAAGAACCCUAAGUCGAACCCCUUCGUAGACUUCAUCUAUGGCUUUUUUAUCAAUUAUUCUAAUAUAAACCACACCUGCCCUUUUGAUCACGAUUUAAUAGUCGAUAAAGUACCUAUUAGUUUUAUGGAUUACCGUUUAACACAUGUUUUGCCAGUACCUACCGGUAAUUACCUUGUAAAAUCGAACUGGAUGGCUUAUGGUAUUAAUCGGGCAAAGAUGAAUUUAUAUUUUACACUCUCUUAA